AUGUCCAAAGAAGAUAAGAGAAACAGAUUUUUGGGAGUUUUCCCCGCCCUUGUGGAUGAAUUGAAGUCCAUUUUGUCAGGAUACGGUAUGACUGAAGAUGCCUUGCAAUGGUACGAGAAUUCCUUGAACUACAACACUCCUGGCGGAAAAUUGAACCGUGGCCUGUCAGUGGUGGACACGUAUGCAAUUUUGAAGGGUAAAAACUCAUAUGCUGACCUUUCUGAUGAAGAAUACUUCAAAUUGGCUAUUCUUGGAUGGUGCAUUGAGCUUUUGCAAGCGUAUUUCUUGGUGGCUGACGACAUGAUGGACAAGUCAAUCACAAGAAGAGGUCAGCCAUGCUGGUACCGCGUUCCCGAAGUCGGCGAAAUUGCCAUCAAUGACGCGUUCAUGCUGGAAGGCGCCAUCUACUGCUUGUUGAAAAACCAUUUCCGCGCAGAAUCGUACUACGUCGACUUGUUGGAGCUGUUCCACGACGUAACCUUCCAGACUGAGUUGGGACAGCUUUUGGACUUGAUCACUGCUCCUGAGGACCGUAUUGACCUAAACAAGUUCUCAUUGGAAAGACAUUCGUUUAUCGUGCGUUUCAAGACUGCGUAUUAUUCGUUCUACUUGCCCGUGGCACUAGCGAUGUACGCUGCCGGAAUCAACGAAGAGCGUGAUCUAAAACAGGCCCGGGCCGUUCUGAUCCCAUUGGGCGAAUAUUUCCAAAUUCAAGACGAUUUUCUGGAUUGUUUUGGAAAACCAGAGGAUAUCGGCAAAAUUGGUACCGACAUCCAGGACAACAAGUGCUCGUGGGUCAUCAACACUGCGCUCAAGUUGUGUUCUGCAGACCAACGUAAGGUUUUGGACGAAAACUACGGUAGAAAGGAUGCUGAAUGCGAAGCUCGCUGCAAGCACGUGUUCAACGAUUUGAAGAUCGAUACUUUGUAUCAUGAAUACGAGGAAAAAACCGCCAGCGAGCUCAGAAAGCUUAUCGAAAACACUGACGAGUCCCGCGGUUUCAAGAGCCAAGUCCUCACUGCCUUCUUGGCCAAAGUCUACAAGAGACAAAAAUGA